AUGUUGAUAAUGGCUUAUAGCUACAAGACCGAAGCUGCUCGCUGGGCCGCAAUUCGAGAUCGAGAUUCCCACGCAGAGGGCUGUUUCGUCUACUGCAUCAAAACCACAAAAAUUUUUUGUCGCCCAACAUGUAAAGCGCGGCUAUGCAGACGAUCGAACGUUGAGUUCUAUGAGACCAACGCAGAGGCGCAGGCUGCCGGAUACAGAGCUUGUAAGCGGUGCAAGCCGGAACUGGCGAAGUUCGUGCCUGAAGCCGACCAGAGCAUUGAUAGAGUACGGGAGAUGCUGGAAAGGCUACCCAAUGAUGCCCCAUUACCGAAGCUGGACACUCUCGCAGCGAGCACAGGGUUGACGAAGUAUCAUUUCCACCGAUGCUUUAAGAAGGCCACUGGACUCACGCCCAGGGAGUAUGCGCUGAGCCGGAGGGGAAGGAGGGCGCCGGUGAGCGGUGUCCAUGAUAUCAGAGCUUCCGCGGUGGCUGCUACUCCUUUCGCGGAUGAUGCAGUAGCAUCCGACUCAGCCUCAUCUAACGAAACGGCAGAGGCGCAAAUACCGGACUUCGACAUCGAUGAAUGGCUCAAACUAGGACCAGAAGACCCUGUCUUCCCAAUUUUCUCCGAGGAUUACGCAACACCCUUCAGUAUGACAGACGGUGACCUCAAUACCAUCGUGCCGACACCCCAAUAUGACACAUCCCCCAAGGCUCUCGUUGCCUCCGAUGACACUUUCGCCAUCCACUACAGCACGAUAGACACAACCCACGGCGUCCUGCUCAUGGCUUUCAAUGAAUCUCAAAUCUGUAAAUUAGAGCUGACGGCGAGUAUCGUCGAAGCUAUGGAGUCUCUUGGACGUUCGUUCCCGAUUCCAAUGUGGCGAUUGGUGCCCGUCGAUGAAUUGCCAGCUGGACAGAGAGCCGUGGCGCAGCAGCAGGUGGCUGCGGUUGUUGAUGCACCUGAGAUGCCAUUUGGGAAGACGCCGGGCGUUGGCAUGGGGAUGAUGACACCGCCGGCGGAGGAUGGAAGUAUCUCAUGA